UCUCCCCUUUUCCUCUCGCUCCCCCUCAACCAUACAGACACUCCUCCUGUGAGCAUUUGUGAGGCGGCUCCUGUCCCUUAUGUCUCUUCGUGGAGAACAGAGCCGACUUCCCAGAGCAUCACUGAAGACGAGCUGGGACUCCAGGGACGACGGCCCAGUUGCAGACCUCCGCCUCAGCUGCAGCCGAUGCCAAAGCGGGCGCGUGGAAAGGCGAGACUCGCCAACUUAUGCUGGAGUUAAAUAAAAAAUCCAAAGUCAAGGGGAGGUGGAACUUAACCGAACUCUUCAAGAGGUCAACUGUAGACGAAAGUCGAGAUGAUCAGCAGGUGAGAGUCAACAAGGCUGGGCUGGAGCGUUGAGAAAAGAACACGUUCUGAACAGCCAGUGGUGUGAAAAUGGGAUGCUCUUUAAAGAACAUCUUGAAAGCCCCGAGAGUACUUUUAAUUCACCAGCCAAGCGUUUAUCUUAUUUCUCCAGCUUCCUCUGAGAGCGAACUUUAAAGACUUCGCUGUGCUUGGGGAGUGAGCAAUAAUUCUUAUAUGAAGACCUGAAACUUUGCAGCUGUUUACUGGAGGGAGAGAGAUGUGCCAAAUGCAUGAGGAGAUCAUGGCAUGUUGUUUUUUCACGUGGGGGAAGCGUGUGUCAGGACUAACAACACGGUAAAGCACCGAGUUCUGCAGCAAUGUUUACAGGGUGUGGUGUGGUCAACGGCCAGAACCACUGCCUGACCAGUAACACCAUAAAGCCUCAACCAGGACUAGAGGUAAACAGACCAAUUCAAUGUGGAAAUGGAGUAAACCAAGGGAUGUGCCCGACCUACCCGGGUCACACGUACACAAACACUGUAACACAACCGCCGGUGUUUAACGGCGUCUCUAACCUCCUUAAGCCUGCCCCUCUGCCGGUAUCGCCUCCAGCUGUUAAACUAGGGCAGGAAGGAUUCAAAAAAGUUUGUCGCACUGAGGAGGAGAGCCCCUGCCCCUUCCCAGGUCUUCCUUCUGGGGUGCUGGAGAUGCGCGUGAAGGAGGGAAGCAAGAUCCGCAACUUAAUGGGAUUUGCCAUGGCACGGAUGCAGGGAGAGAAGGCUGGAAGCGGGGAAGGCGCGAGCAGCGCCGGACUAAGGCAGGUGGUCUUUACUGGGUCAGGCCGUGCAGUCACUAAAACCAUCACCUGUGCCGAGAUCAUGAAACGAAAAGUGGGCUGCCUGCACCAGCUGACCAAGCUGCAGUACAAGGUGGUGAAAGAGGUGUGGGAGAGCGACCAGGGCGGAGCGUCUGAGAUGACCGUGCACAGGGACGUACCGUCCAUCAGCAUCCUUCUCUCCAAAGACCCCCUGGAUCCACGGGAGCCAGGCUACCAGCCUCAGAGGCUCUCAGUGCAUUAUGGGAGGACAAAGACGGCGCUGAACCUGCAGCACCAACAUGCAAGAGACCUCAUGUGGCUGCAUCACACAGCAGCUUCCUCCAGCCCAAGAGGCUGUGUUGGGAGAGGGAGUCUCGGUCCUCCCUCCGCACUGACUGGCCAAACCGUGUCACAGUGGAGAGGACUGAAUGAGCAAAGUUCAUGUUGCCGCUGCACUCCACUCCGGCACAAUGCUGAGACAAUCAGAACAUUCGCUCAGUCAGAACAGUGGUUUCUUAGAGGAACCGAUACCAACUAAAGCCCGCAGAGGUCAGUUUGACAACUUUCAUCUGUACAGAAAGCAUCUUCGGGACACUUUUCAUUCCUUCCACAAAACUGUGAUGACCUGCUCUGCUGUUUUUAUGCCACAGUGGGCUGAUUUCCCACCUCUACGACCAAAAAGAAGAAAAAAGAAAAAGAGCCAUAAAUCGUGCAGAUUCCAAAACACUCACUCAACAACCCGCGUGGAGAAGGUCACUCACUGGUGUGACUUUACGAUUAUCUAUACUCAUGAAUGCUUCAAAUUAAAGGUCUUCUGACGACGAAACACAGACUAAAGA